AAUUGUGUCUGGUUGUAAUUAUGUUCUCUUUGUUCAAGGGGUUUGUAAAAGUUGUCAAGAAUAAGGCCUACUUCAAGAGGUACCAAGUGAAAUUCAGGAGAAGGAGAGAGGGAAAGACUGAUUAUUAUGCCCGUAAGCGUUUGGUGAUUCAAGAUAAAAACAAAUACAACACCCCUAAAUACAGGAUGAUAGUACGUGUUACCAACAGAGAUAUUAUCUGCCAGAUUGCAUAUGCCAGGAUUGAAGGCGAUAUGAUAGUUUGUGCUGCGUACUCUCAUGAGUUGCCAAAAUAUGGCGUCAAAGUUGGUUUGACCAAUUAUGCUGCAGCCUAUUGUACAGGUCUGCUGCUGGCCCGCAGGCUUUUGAACAAAUUUGGCCUUGAUAAGAUUUAUGAAGGCCAAGUUGAAGUGACUGGUGAUGAAUACAAUGUGGAAAGUGUGGAUGGACAGCCUGGUGCUUUUACAUGCUACCUGGAUGCAGGUCUUGCCAGAACUACCACUGGAAACAAAGUCUUCGGUGCGCUAAAGGGUGCAGUGGAUGGCGGCCUGUCCAUCCCUCAUAGCACCAAACGUUUCCCUGGUUAUGACUCAGAAAGCAAAGAAUUUAACGCAGAGGUUCAUCGCAAGCACAUCAUGGGUCAGAAUGUUGCAGGUUACAUGCGUUACCUGAUGGAGGAGGAUGAAGAUGCUUACAAAAAACAGUUCUCCCAGUAUAUAAAGAACAGUGUAACACCUGACAUGAUGGAGGAGAUAUAUAAAAAAGCCCAUGCUGGUAUACGGGAGAAUCCAGUCCAUGAAAAGAAACCGAAGAGAGAAGUUAAAAAGAAGAGAUGGAACCGUCCCAAGUUGUCCCUUGCCCAGAAGAAAGAUCGUGUUGCUCAGAAGAAGGCUAGCUUCCUCAGGGACCAGGAACGUGCAGCUGAUAGCUAAGAUCUCUUCCACAAUUUUCUAUGAAGACUUUGAAAAGUAAAAUAAAUUUAUUGAACCAGCAA